AUGACUUUCCCAGUCAACUCUGACUUUAAGAAUCAUGUCUUGGGAGUGCUGAUACAGACUGUGAGUGCAGUUGACAAAGAUGAACCUCCUCGAGGACACAAAUUUUUCUUUGAGUUGGUGCCAGAAUUUGCUGUUCAUCCAAACUUCUCCAUUAUAGACAACAAAGACAACACAGCAGGAAUUAUAACUAGAAGAAAUGGAUACAGCCGAAGUAAGACAAGUACUUAUCACCUUCCAAUCAUAAUAUUUGACAAUGACUACCCAGUUCAGAGCAGCACUGGCACCCUGACUAUCCAAGUCUGUGCUUGUGACAGCCGAGGGAACAUGCAGUCCUGCAACACAGAGGCCCUGCUCCUUCCUGCUGGCCUCAGCACAGGGGCACUUAUUGCCAUUCUCCUUUGCAUCAUCAUCCUGCUGGUGCUAGUUGUCUUGUUUGCAGCCCUCAAGAGACAGAAGAAGAAAGAACCCUUGAUCAUCUCGAAGGAUGAUGUUCGAGACAACAUUGUGACAUACAAUGAUGAAGGGGGUGGGGAAGAAGACACCCAGGCUUUUGACAUUGGCACAUUGAGAAAUCCAGAAGCAAGGGAGGAAAGUAAGAUGAGAAGAGAUGUCUUACCGGAAACUAUAUUUCAGAUAAGACGGACUGCACCGCUUUGGGAAAACAUUGAUGUUCAAGAUUUUAUUCAUCGAAGGCUAAAGGAAAAUGAUUCAGACCCAGCUGCCCCUCCUUAUGAUUCACUAGCAACGUAUGCUUAUGAAGGAAAUGAUUCCAUAGCAAAUUCACUCAGCAGCCUGGAGUCACUCGCCACAGAUGGCAACCAAGACUAUGAUUACCUCAGUGACUGGGGACCUCGGUUUAAAAAAUUAGCAGAUAUGUAUGGUGGAGAGGAAAGUGAUAGAGACUGAGGAAGUAAUCUGUGACCUGGUCAAUGUUAGUGGAAUUCAUGUCUAUGUUACUAGAUAAAGUGGCCUACUCUCUAUUACUCGGGAUUUUCUUUUUUUUUUUA